CUAACAGAAGGCCCCUGUUGUCUGAUGUCCGUGUGCUGGGUGUGAGUCAGGAUUGGAGGUGUAUGAUGGAAUAGAGGGGAUGAGGGGUCACAUUUCUAGCAUCUGAGUCAAGAUGAACAGUUACACAAAGCAGAUGGCAGAGCAGUUCCUGAGUCAGGCCCUGGGCAUCAUCUGCCUGCUGACCGGAGAGGAAUAUGCCAUUGUGAAGAAGAGGUCCUCCCACAGCAGCGUUCACCGGCAGAGCAAAGAGGUGCCUAUAAAGUGUGAUGAUGUUGCUGUGUAUUUCUCUAUGGAGGAGUGGGAGUAUAUAGAGGGACACAAGGAGCUUUACAAGGACGUCAUGAUGGAGACUCACCAAGCACUAAGGACUAUGGAGACCCCAGGAAAUGAGAGCUCAGAACUAACAGGUCACAGUGAUGAAAAUCUAGACACAGGAGCACAUGGGGACCUUGUACAGAAUAUUCAGCCAUCAGAUGUCUCUGCAGAUGAUAUUAAUACUGAUGUAGAUGAUAAAACAGAAGAUCUGAGUGUAACGUGUCAGCUGGAAGCUCCAAUUCAGGAAAUGUGUUACAGUGGAAAUGAAGGUGAAGUUAAGACUGAAGUCACACUUAAUGCUGAACAAACAAAUGAUCUGUAUGUAAAGAGUCAGCAGGAAGCUGUGAAGCAGGAAAUCAGUGACAAUAUCAGUACAGGUGACAUUAAUUCUGACCUAGAUGUUAAAACAGAAGAUCUGAGUGUAAAGUGUCAACUGGAAGCCGCAGAGCAGGAAAUGUGUUACAGUGACAAUGAAGGUGAAAAUGAUGCUAAGAUUAUGCAUAAAAAUGAUCAGUGGCUAAGAAAUGUGCCUGAAGCUCCAGAGCAGGAAAUAUGUGACAAUAUUAAUACAGGUGAGUUUGUACUUCUGUAUAACAGGGCACAGGUGUGGGUGUGUGACAUGUCCGAGGAAUGCAGGGCACAGGUGAGUAUAUGUGUGACGUGUCUGAGGGACGAAGGGAAAAGGUGUGGGUGUGUGACGUGUCUGAGAGAUGCAGGGCACAGGUGAGUAUA